AUGGCCUGUAUGAGGAAUGGUUUCGUCGAGCGAAGUAUACUUGAUGGUCGAUAUGAGUCUGUCUCGCCCCUCAAUCAUGGAUCUUUUGGGAUGGUGUUUCUGGCUAAGGACCAACUGACCAAUGAAAAUGUUGCUAUUAAAUGUCUCAGCAAAGCGACUUCAAAGAUCGAAUGUCCAGCUAUCGCUGUCGACGAGAACUCCGUUGAGCUCACUUGUCACGAACAACUUGGUCACCACCCCAACAUUGUGAAUCUGCUCCGGGCGUUUGAGACCAAGGCCCAUAUCUACCUUGUCCUUGAGUACUGCCCUAUGGGAGAUCUUUACGAAGCAAUUCGCCAUGGUCGUGGUCCCUUGGAGACUGAAAAUGUUCGCGAAUUCAUGUUUCAGCUCAUCGGUGCUGUUGAGCACAUGCACUCGCAUAAUUUGUAUCAUCGUGACAUCAAACCAGAAAACAUCUUCCUCGCUCACGACGGCUCUAUGAAGCUUGGUGAUUUGGGUUUGGCUACCUCUGAGCUAUGGUCAAAUGAGGCAUCCGUGGGAAGCGACCGUUACAUGGCGCCAGAGCAGUACGAUCCACAGGAUAACGGCUAUUGCCCUGCUAAAGCGGAUUGUUGGGCCAUCGGCAUUUGCCUCUUGAACAUUCUCUUCUCUCGGAACCCUUUCGUCACUCCAAGUGAGUCGGACGUGCUCUACACCGAUUUCGCUCGAGACAACAAGUCCCUUUUCGAUAUCUUUCCAAAUAUGUCCGAAGACACUUUCAAGGCUUUGCUUCCGGCCAUGGCCAUCGACCCUACCAAGCGUUCAUUAUCUGGCAUACGUGCCGCUCUCGAAAACGUCGUUAGCUUCACUACUGACGGCGAUGUUCCGGAUGACUUUUGCACUGAAGUCCGCGAGGUCGCUCCCGCAAGUGCUAACCGCGAGCCCCUUCGAACGCCAUCAAUCUCAAGUCCUCAAGUCGACGAAGGUGGAGCAUUCCCUUGGUCUAAGAUCCUGCACACCUCCCCUCCACGCAAUGGACGACAACUUUCAGCCAUCGCAGACACUGAAAGUAUCAACGAGGACCUUUUCGCCGCUUCAGAAACUGACAGGACGUCUUGGGUAUCUUGGGCACAAAAUUCUUCAGUCACUUCCGGUCUAGACUCUGUCUUCGGUACUUCUGUGAAGUCGAUGGGUCCCAACCCUCCAAUGCCGCUCAGCCUCCCACGGUCCAAACCAAUGAUGGUGCCCAACUCCCUUCCUUCACGCAUAUCUACACUUUCCAAUAUCUUCAGCAAGAAAGAGAAUAAUGUGUCCAAGAGCUGGACUGACAUCUACGACGAAGACGAAGAGGAAUCUCUGACCAAGCAGGAAAUCUCGAGUAAGAGUCGGCGCAAACCAAGCAUUUCUAGUUGGAGCCAGCGCAGCAAACUUGGCUCUGCUGAUCAGCGUCCUGUAUCGUCUGAGAAUACUACUGCCGUUGCCAAUUCUCGAGCUUCGACUCCCAUGAAGGGCAAAGCACGCGAUAGCGGUGAAAGUGGACACGAUGAAAUCUUUCACUUUGAAGAAGCGCUCCCUCAACCGCCAACUAAACGUAUGAGCGAGUCGUCGCUUUCCAAGAAAGGCAUUAUGGACAAAUGGGCUGCUCUUGGGAGUCGUCGCCGUCAAUACAAACAAGUGGAAGAGGCCAUCGAUCACGAAGAUUUCAAGAAGCGGUCGUCACCGGGAUACUGGCGUAGUGGAUUUGGGCUCAAGGUCUUUUCUUCAAAUACAAACACAGCUUACGAAAAGGGGGGAAAGAAGGAGUUGGCCCAUGCCAAAGUGAUGGACUGGCGCAGGAACACUCAAGCUCCUCAUCAUCAGCCGAUUGAGGACUUGGGGUGGGAUAUUGAGUGGGUUGGAAAUCAUUACUGA